AGGAAAGUGUGUGUUUUUCCCGGGUCAGACGGUGGCCUUGCGACACCUGGAGUCCCCCUGGAUGGUUGGCAGCGGACGGUCCAACGUGAUGAGGAAGAUAAAAAUGCCUCCUGCCAUGGAAGAAUAUUUGGAAAGCUUCGGCCGGGUGCACGAGGGCACCAAUCCGACGCGCAAGAUGAUAGAGAACGCCAGGUCAAAGGUCAGCCGGGUGAAAGCGUUCCUUAUGUAUAUGGGGAACAAACACCCGAGAUUGUCCGACUGGAUGUUUCUCAACAACGCUGGAAAACUCAAAAUGUGGUGUGAUAAGCUGCUAAAAACUAUGAAGGUGACCACGGUGGAGUUCUACCUCAAGAACAACCUUCAAUUUUUGACCUUCAUGCAGCAGACUCCACCGCGGUCAUCCAGGCUGACAAAAGCAAACAUGGUCGGUGUCGUCAGGGACAUGAAGGUGGCCCUGAAGAGCCUCAAGAGGUUGGUUGUGGUCCACCAAAUGGCAGUAAAGAGGACGAAAUACUCCGAGCUGCCAGGAGGUGACGCCAUCGCCAGCUUCGUAGAUGGGGCUACAUUGAAAAUCCCUCAGCUGCUCGACGAGCUGGAGGAGGAGUACACAACCAACCUCCGGUUCCGGCUGUACGGCUUCAUGUGUGGCUACUGGAGCUGUGUCUUUGGUCACAGGCCCGGUGUGUACUCCAACAUGACCGACACGGAGUUCAGGCAGGCCCUGGCCAGUGGUGGAGAGCAAGGCUACUUGAUACAUGUCAAGGAGCACAAUACAAACAAGUCAUUUGGGGAGGCCCAGCUGUUCCUCACAGAUGUGGAGUUUGGGUGA